UUGAUAAUGCGCAGUAUGCGUACGAAGCGCAGUAUGCGUACGUUAAUAAAAAUUACGAUUCGAACACGCGUCGAAAGUGAUUUUUAAAUGUUUUUAAACACAUGUCGCGCCAUUUGGUUGUUGCAAAAAUUUGAAUUUUGAAUGUUCGUUAUUGCUUUGUUUCUCAUGAUCUUGUAGCUAAUCACAGUGGAGCGUCGUUCGAUUUUUCGAGUGUGAUGUAUCGAUUGUAACGUACAUAACCUAAAACAAAAAGCGAUCGAUGAAAAGGAGGGGCAGAAAAUUCAAACAUCAUGGAAAAAGAAUUUGAAAAAUUUAUCCUGGGAUAUUAUUUGCAUCUAUUUAAAAUAGAUGAAAAGUGGAAAGAUUUGUCAAAAACUGCGGAAAGACCUUUAAACAGUCUGAAAAAUCAGUCGGAACAACUUCGUCUCGUUUCAAACAAACUUUUAAAAGAUACCACGGAUAUCGGUUAUCCCGAAGGGUUACGAGAAAAGCUUAUAUUCAAAAUCAAUGUUGGAAUUGAAGAUGAACUAUCGAUAAUUUUAGAAAUUAUAAAUCAAAUGAACAACGCUAAUCAGGAAUUGAAAAGCAAGUUGAAAAAAUUGGAAAACGCAAGAAGUAAAAUCGACCCUAAUAGCGUGGAAAUGAAAGACAUAGUUUUUGGAACACCUCUCAGACCUCGUAUGGAUUUACUUAUGGAAUGGGCUCUAGAUAGCAACGAUUACUACGACAAAUCAUAUUCCCGAAUCCGAAAAUGCAUGAAGGCCCUCGAUUGUCAGGACGAAGAGUCGAUUGACAACCUGAUAAAAUCCUUCGAGCCUGAUAAAAAAGGACGAGCAAAUAUGGACAGGAUAUUAGGAUUCACCCAAUUCAUCGCAGUCAAGAAUCUCUGAAUGACGAC